AUGGCAUUCGAACCAAAGACGUCAAAUUCAGCAAAUGCCAUUAUUGAGCGGGCCGAAAAGAGGGGACUUACAGCGGACCGCUCUCAGAUCAACCCUCAAACGGUUCGGAGGAAUCUGAGGCCUAAGAGUAAAAAAGAUUAUUCACGAGUACUUGCAGUAUGGCAUUCAUAUGGGCCUUCCGAUCCUCGGGAUAUGCAGGUGAUGAAGCAUUUCGCCGAAACUCUGGGCCGCGGGAUGAAAGGAAAGCUUGACGAAGAGGAUGAACUGCCAACUCCCGACAGCUUGCGAGUUGCAAUGCGCCGAUUUUACAACGCAUGGAACGGCACUACGAUCUGGAGAUACCCUUGGAUGUUAAACGGUCGAUGGCACCGUAUAUUCAAGGGCCACUGGCUCAAAUGCUCGCUGUGGUUUAAGGACUACUACGACUAUGCGCAUGAAGGAUGUCCUCAGCCCGCCUCCAGGAGCUCUCAUAGGAUUAUGUUCUUCUUGUCGGAUGGAAGGAUGGCGAGCCCGAGCUCAAACUCAAAGUUAGAAGAAGAAUAUGUGAAGGAAAGGAUAUUAAUCAUUCGCGCAAGAUUUACCGACGGUUCGAUUCUUCGCAAGCACUAUUUAGGCACAAUGAACACAGUCGAUGGUGCGGCAAGUUAUCUUGGAAUGGAUAUUCGGAACGAUCUCACCGAAGACUUUCGCUCGGCAACUAUGAGAUGGAACAGCGAUCUGCCUCUCGAGCUCUCGGCUAAGGGGAGGGAAGAGUUAGAGCAAAACGAGGAAUACGCUACCCUCUCACGCUUGAUAGAGAGGCUAUACCUCCAGAUAAACGACGAAAAUACCCCAGAAGAGGCACGUCAACGACUUAGGGAGCAGCGAAAUCUAGCCUACAGCAAACGACGAAGACUUGAGAGGAGUAAACUUCGCGAAUGCCAGCAAAAACAGCCGAAGGUGUACCCAACAGGGCGUAAGGCUCACGAGGAGAAUGAUUGGCGCCGCGAUCACUUCCUUCGAGUUCUCCACAUGAUGCCUGAACGCAGGCGCCUGUUUCGCACUCUGUCACUGAGAGUGCCACUUCGGAGCCUGCAGGGAAUUUCCGCUCUCCGUGAUCUCAUUACUCUCCGGGAAAGCGACUGUCGGGUUGCUUAUCAGGAUGUACUAAAACCUAAAAGCGGCCGCUGCCCAAACCUGUCUUGUAAUAUGGACAUGGAGAGUAUCCCUGCCAAAAAGAGAUGGAAGCACACGUACCGCUGCUCCGAAAUGUUUUAUGAGAAGACUUGCGGUUUCGCUCAGUUCUGCUUUUUGUGCAGCUGCUGGAUAACAAACCAGAAGGCGUGGUCUUCUUUCGUCACGCCGUCGCCUGUGCAGGAUAUUGUCCUAUUCACCUCGGGAGAACAGACCUUCCAGCAGAUAUGCGAACGCAGCAGUAUCUCGACACCCAUGCCUGGAAACGUCAUAUCUCCCAAUGCAUAUCGGCUUACAUCAAUGCCAGAAUUGGGCGGUAAUUCAGACCACGCCCAAGAUUCAGCGGCUUCAGACAGCGCCAACUUAAUCGACCUUCACUUGACGACUUCGUCGCUGAGCGGUUCGACAUCGCCUAUAUCCAGUGAUAAGGACAGUCUUUGGGAUCAGGUAGAUGACUCUUCGGAUGUCCCUACUGAGCUAUCAUCUCAGUCGGAUAGUCCUGCGCAGAAGCAUCUUCAUAACGAAGGUCGCUACUUUCCAAAUACGUUGUCACCCGUCAUUCCUGACAUCUCUGGUGGACCGGAAUCUCAGAGUCCUGACUCAUCAGCAAUCUUCCCCCCAGAGAACUAUAACAAAACAUCGCCCAGGCUACCGGCGUGGUUAGUUGAUCCGGAGUUGCAGAGAUUCAGCGAUGAUCACCGCGACCCCCAGAUCAACACUCUGGAUUCGGACCUAGAUUCCACACACAGCAAAAACCAUACAGCCCAAAUCCCGUUUGAUCUCUCAACACGAGAUCGACAAACCGCUGGAGCCAAGGCCCACUUAUUGAAGGAUCCCGAGGUACGCAUGUCUGGGAUCAUACAAGCAAUCCAGCCAGAGGCUGUCGCAGAAGAAACAUCGCGCCAUGGCGGUCAAGACAAUGAGGUUGCUUAUAGCACCCUGGAAACUCCCAAGGGCAGCUCAGAAGGUUACUACACGGUUGAGUGCUUACUCGAUGAGUGGAAAGGCUGGUUUUAUGUUAAAUGGGGUGACGGAAGCUACAGUUGGCAGCCUCGAGGGAACAUUCUCGAUCGCGGACUUAUUGAGGAUGUUAGGAAGGACUACAAAGGGCUGGGGCCUGGUGUGGAAAUCUUGCGCACCCGUCGUGCUAAAGGCAAAAAGGCGGAAUACCGCGUCCAUUUCAAGGGUCGUCCGUCUAAGGAGGACGUUUGGGUGAUGGAGAAGUUUUUAAGCCCUGAACUAAUUAGGAGUUAUAAGGAUUUGUAA